ACCCAUUACCCAAGGCGUGAUCGGGUUUAGACUUCUGAUUAAGAGUUUUGAAGAACUAUGUAAUCCAACUUGUCUUCGUCAUUCGCUCGUUGCCGCUAUUUCCGUAGGCACCCGCAACAAAUCGUUUUCGAGAAACUGCAGCGAGCAAAUCAUUCUUUGCAUCAUGGAUGCUACCAGAGAGCUUAUAAAGCACUUCCCUUAUGGUUCACUGCAAGAUGCGGAGAAGUUUUUCCGCAGUCUUGAAACUCCCAGAGUGAGUGAUUGCAUAGUGUACGCCACGAAGCUUCUAAAAGAGUACCCCUAUGCCACACUAAAAGAUGUCGAGAAGUUUAUCAUCACUAGUGACAAUCUCAGAGUGAUUGAUAAGGUUAUUCAAGCCGUAAGUAUCACACGAGAAACGGAAGAACUUAAAGGCAGAGAACAUGUUGAAGCUGGGCCUUUACUUCAUGUGCAUUCGGUACAUGUACAACCAAAAGAAGCCCUACAAAACAGACCACUAGUGGUAUUUGGUACGAUUCGGGUUAAGUAUCAAAAUAUCAGGAGUGGAGAAGUGAUGCAGCUUGAUGUUUACAGUCGGAGUGCCGAUGAUGGUGACUGCAUAGGCCCAAGUGGUGGUGAUUUAACUCUUGGUUGGCCUGAUACUUUCCGUAAUCAUCAAGAUUUGUGGAUGGGAUUGCACGGAACAACUGUAGGAGUGGAUUUGUAUCUCAAAACUGAGGAUAAGGUUGUUCCGUUUGCGCAAGAGGAAAUUUUGGUGGAGGAUUCAACUGAAUGUGAUUUUGAAGAAGUAAGAUCAAAAGAAUUUCAAUGCGCGCUUUGCUCCGCUACCUUGGUUUAUAUUGCUAUGCCAUUUGCUGCUCUUUGCCAAGUGCAUGUUGGAUUCUCUGGCAAAGACAAGAGCCGGCUUGUUGAUGUUGCUGGUAAAAUUGUUGCGCAAUAUAAGAGCACUUAUGGAAACUAUGAUUCAGAAGCGUGUGUCCUCUUUGAGAAGCAGAAUGACUUUGAACCAGUGCGAAUGAAGAAUAACCUGAGUCUGUCAAGAACAUGGCUGGGAUUGCCAGCAUAUUCGUCACUUGAAAUUGAUCUGGACUUGAGGGACUUUAACACAAACAGAAAGCUUGUCAGAAAAAGAGUUCGAUUGUUUCACGAGAAUGGUGCAUAUGCCGGUGAAUAUGCAGAGGCGGUGGAUGAUCUUGCCAUUAUUAUUGAUGCACGAUUGUUUCCGUACCCACAUGAUGGGCGCAAUGGGUGCAAUGAUUUAGACAAAGACGAGUCUAAUAAUGAAUUGUCAUCAUCCAACAAUGGCAACCCUUGUUUUGUGAUUCCUCCAUUUGUGCCUUUUCAAUUAAUUAGGUGUCAUAGACAUGGCCGACAAAAUAUACCACAACCAUCAAAAUUAGCGGAAUUCUACUCAAUCUUUAUUGGUCGUAAAAAAUUGGUGGCAUUAAAUAUUGUUGGCAGAGUUGGAUUUUCUUCCAAUGAUAAUACUCAGUAUCUGUUCAAGAGGACGACUGGUUAUGAUGCUUCGAAAGUAGAAGAUUCACAGAAACUUCUACCAUUGUCCGAUGUGUAUAGCUGUUUUGAUGAGAAUACGUCGAUUGAAUUAAAGGUUGAUCUAGAAGAUCUUGAUGACGAAUUUAAGAAUAGAGGUUUUGCUACUUACAAACUUGGAUUUGUGAACCAUAACUCAUCAUAUAACACCCAAAUAUGUUCUGUUUUCCCGGGCAAAGAUGGGUUUUGUGCAUUGCACUAUUCCUUGUUCCCAAGAGCUUGUGAAGCAAGCAUCGAGAUCUUUUUAAGAGUUAAGAGUGCUCAGGCACAGGAUGGCAAGAUCUAUGGAAGCGCAAUCACACAAUAUAGCAACUUUGACUACUCAACUAAGCUCAAGAGAGAUUAUUUUCGGAGCGUGCUUUUCAAAAGGACUGACAAGGAUCCAGUACAAUUAGGGAGUGAUGGGAGAGUGCCACUUUCUCGAUGUGCAGUCGUGGUGCCAAUGGAUUCGUCCCUCAUUAUUGAAGUAGAUUUUUGUAGCUUGUCUGUGAAAGAUCAUCUAACGUUCACAGAAAAGUUUAAGAUUGGAUGUUGCUGCUUUAGAACAGAAACAAAUGAUUAUGAACUUGGCAUCAGGUUCACUUGGAGUGAUGGAUUGCACGAUGGGUGGAGAGAUAUAGACGAAGACAAGGAUUGCAGGAAGGGUGGAGUGAUUCAGACGAAGAGAAGCGUCAAGCGAAAACAACCUGAUCCGCAUGGUGGGGGGAGUGAUUUAGACGAUGACGAGGAGUAUUUUGGGAGCGAUUUUGGGUCAAUGCCUACUCCUAUGGACAUGUCGCCGUAAGUGUUUUAAAUACCCUUUUUUGUACUUUGCUCUCAUGGAUGGAUUCAUCGGAUGCAGUGUAAAAACCAAAUCCUUGGUUGGCAUGGUGGUGAUCAGGGGUUGCAAUUGCAAAUCGGAAUUUGGAUAGUUGUGUUUUUUGGAUGAAAAAUGCUAGGUUGCCCCCCCCCCCAAUGGGUGUUACUCUAGGUGCACCCAUGUUUCGCACAGAUGAUUGUCAUUUGUGUCAUUUGUUUGAAGCAUGAGUGCACCCAUGAUAGCACCUUAGCAUGACCGUUUUUGGACUGUGGUUAACGAGAUGCGAUUUAAAUUAACGCCACUGCCACAAACCAUUAUGUACUUGUUUAUGGCGCUUUGAAUUUAUAACUAUUAAAUUUGACCUUCAUAC